AUGGCGCCUAACAAUUGGCGAAAGGGGAGGCGUGUGGACGCACCCUCAGAGACGGCCGGGGGCCGCACAUCUUCACUCCGGAGGCAGGACAGAGAUUCCUUCUGCCAUCAGAUGUCUUUCUGCUUGACUGAACUGCACCUGUGGUCUUUGAAGAAUACCUUACACAUUGGGGAUAGAGACAUCGGGAUCUACCAGUAUUAUGACAAGAAAGAGCCACCAGCAACAGAGCAUGGUAACUUAGAAGAAAAGCAGAAGCUGGCAGAAUCACGAGAUUUUCCAUGGACGCUCAAAAACAGACGCCCAGAAAAACUUCGAGACUCACUCAAGGAGUUGGAGGAGCUGAUGCAAAAUAGUCAGUGUGUGCUGAGCAAAUGGAAGAACAAAUAUGUCUGUCAGCUUCUCUUUGGUUCAGGUGUGCUGGUGUCCUUAAGCCUUUCCGGGCCGCAGCUGGAGAAAGUGGUGAUUGACAGAAGCCUGGUGGGGAAGCUCAUCUCAGACACCAUCAGUGAUGCUCUUCUCACAGACAGCUUUAUCAUCUUAUCAUUUUUGGCACAAAACAAACUAUGUUUUAUUCAGUUUACCAAGAAGAUGGGUUCUCCUGAUAUAAACAAAAGACUGGAAAAACUCUCAGCCUUGGAUUAUAAGAUUUCCUAUUAUGAAAUCCCUGGCCCAGUAAACAGGACAACACAGCGUCGUCUAGCUAUCAAUUGUGUUCAAGAUAUAGUUGUUUGCUGGUGGCCACUGGUCAGUGAUGAUGCUUGGCCUUGGGCCCCCAUUUCUUCUGAGAAAGACAGAGCCAAUCUGCUGUUCCUGGGUUAUGCUCAAGGAAGACUGGAGGUUCUGAGUUCUGUACGCACGGAAUGGGAUCCACUGGAUGUUCGCUUUGGCACCAAACAGCCUUAUCAGGUGUUGACAGUGGAGUGCUCCAUCAGUGUAGACAAAGAGCCCAUGGCUGACAGUUGCAUCUAUGAAUGUGUUCGGCACAAAAUCCAGUGUGUAUCAGUCACCAGAAUACCACUAAGAUCGAAGGCCAUUAGCUGUUGCAGGAAUGUUACUGAAGACAAACUGAUUCUGGGCUGUGAAGAUUCUUCAGUAAUUCUUUAUGAAACUCACCGUAGAGUGACUGUCUUAGCUCAGGCUGAAGUUCUGCCUUCAUUAAUAAGCUGCCACCCAAGUGGUGCCAUUCUGCUAGUUGGCAGUAACCAGGGGGAGCUGCAAAUUUUUGAUAUGGCUCUUUCUCCUAUUAACAUCCAGCUUUUGGCUGAAGACCGCUCACCUAGGGAGACUCUACAAUUCAAAAAAUUCUUUGAUGUUUCUAGCAGUCUUGUUCAAAUGCAGUGGAUAGCUCCGCAGGUUGUUUCUAAGAAGCCUGAAAGUGGGGACAUCUAUGAUCUCCUCUUCCUCAAGUUUGACAGAGGACCUUUGGGUGUGCUUCUGUUUAAACUUGGUAUCUUCACACAAGGACAGCUGGGCCUGGUAGACAUCAUCUUCCAGUACAUUCACUGUGAUGAGAUCUAUGAGGCAAUAAACAUCCUGAAUAGUAUGAACUGGGACACUCUGGGCUACCAGUGCUUUAUCAGCAUGACUGCCAUCGUAAACCAUCUUCUUAGACAAAAGCUCACUCCAGAGAGAGAAGCACAGCUUGAGGCAAGCCUUGGAACCUUCUAUGCUCCAACAAGACCACUCCUGGAUACAACUAUAUUGGAAUACAGAGACCAAAUCAGCAAAUAUGCAAGGAGAUUCUUCCACCACUUACUCAGGUACCAGAGAUUUGAAAAGGCAUUUCUGUUAGCUGUUGACAUUGGUGCUCGUGACCUGUUUAUGUGGUCUGGAGCUGAACCCACAAUAUCUCCAGAGUAUACCUGUAAUCCAUUAUAUAAAAUGAGGCACCCUGACUCCAUACUGAUACAAGACAUCCAUUACCUUGCACUAGAUAAGGGCGAAUUGGCACUAGCUGAAGUGGCAAGAAAGAGAGCUAGUGACAUUGAUGCAGAAUCAAUAACCUCUGGAGUUGAUUUACAGUCCUGCCUUCAAGAAAGAGGAAAAAGAAGGAAGGCACACUCUUCUUAUUUAGGUACAACCCAGGAGUUGUUACACAUCACUUCUGCUCGUAUCCCAUUGGACAGAUCCUGGUCACAAAGCUACACCUAACUGUAAGAAAGUCUGGGAACUAUCUUAAUUGAGGUGAGCAUACACCCAGCAAAACACCUAUAACUAAAAGCAAUCACCACUUAGGGGGAAAGCUACAAGUUCAUCUGUUACAAUGAAUUUUGAAGAAUAGUAUUUAGAAGAAGCAAUAAGCAAAAUGGGGGGACAACUUCCUCUAUAUAAUCCUCAUAUGCACAGAAAUGGAAAUAAUUUAAAAACCCUAUUCAAAAAUAAUUCCCAGCUGCAUGUAAUGUGGCUGUCUGAAUAUUAAGAAAUUCUUCCAAGUGCAUUAUAUUUCCAAAUACACUUAUCAUAUAUGAUCUUUCAGAUACUAUGCUAGAAAAGGCUGUAGCUUUAUAAGUUGCCAUCUCCUUUUAAAAUAUAUUUCGAAAUUGAUAUGAAAGAUUAUUUGUGCAUAGUGAUAAACUUUAGAGAAUACAAUAUUAAAAAUAUAGUAUAAAGAUUACUCAUUAUAUUGGGGACUUCCCUGGCUGUCCAGUGGUUAAGACUCCACACUUCCACUGCAGGGGGCACAGGUUUGAUCCCUGGUCAGGGAACUAAGACCCUGCAUGCUACACUGUGUGGCAGAAAAAAAAAAAAAUUAUUAUCACCCAGAGAUAACUGAUAAUAUUAGUCAACUUAUUUCUUUUUCUUAUGCAUAUAUUUAACAAAACUCAAGUCAUUUAUUUAUCUUCCUUUUUGUUACCCAGUGGUAUAUUGUGCCUACAUUCCCAUGUCAUUAAACACCAUUCAAAAGCCUGAAUUUUUUUAUGUUAUCUUCUUCCUAAAUGCCUUAUUGGUUUUACUAUAAAAUCAUGGUACCAUUGUACAAGUGUAUAAAAUUAUACCUAUAGAUGAUAAAAGCAUGAAAGUUAAGACUCUCUUAUACUUAAAAUCUCAUUAUUAAUAUUUGAAGUUGUGGUUAACUGUUUACCUACAUUGUGGUUUAGAAGCUAUAUUACUUGUUUGACUUAGAUGUAUUCAUGCCAACCUAAUUUUGGCUCUACUUUACCUGUCUUAUGUUAAUUGUGUCAUGAUGUCAGUUUUGACCUAUACCUUCCCACCUCUAAGCAUCUUUGUCGAAAGACAUAACCCUAAACCCUUCAUAAUUAUUAAACCCUUCAUAAUUAUAAGUGCAUUAAAGACUAACUGCUUAGCUGCAGAGAUCUAUACAAGACUGUAUCACUUGUAUAACUUAAAAGAGACUUAAAGUUUUCAGUAAAAUUCCUAAGAAUGCAUGAUUAUCCAACCUUUGUUACUUUCUGUAGUGACAUAAUGUUGUCAAUCACACAAUGUGACGUAUUAAGUAAUAUCAAUUCUUAAUUGCCUUACAUAUAGAUUUUCUCUAAAUUAGGUAUUGAUUUUGAGGUCAAACCUUUCUAUCAUUGAAAUAUUUAACAUGUUUUUGAAUUCUGAAAUACACAAUAUUAUGAAACAAGGUGUCAUCUUUUCAGGACUCACCUAGUCAUAAAUUUACAGUAACUUAGCAAAAGAUAACAAUAAUCUUUUCCUAUGGAGAAAGGUGCAAACAUUAAACUAUUUGGGCUUUCCCCUACUUUUUCUCCUUUUCAGAAAGGAGUCAAUGUCUCAAACCUUCUUCUCUGACUUACUUAUUAGUUAGACUAGUAAACUGUGCUGAUACGGGACAGAAUUGUUCCCAGUUACAUUUUCUGCAAGUAAAUAAUGAAGAAUUUUGCCUGAGGAUUGGUAUGUUAUAUUAAGAGUAGCUAAUGAAACCAUGAAGAUAAGACUAAAUGGAUAUGUGCUAACUUGGCUAGUAUGGAGUACAGCAAAAAAAUUUUGUAUCAAUAAUCCUGAAAUGUGGAUAGACAAAUAGAUUCAUGCAGUACGAUGCUACAAACUUUAAGAUUACUAAGGUGGCAGUCAGGAAAGCUGAGUUCUAGUUUUAGUUAAACUAGUCAAGACUAACCAUCUGACAUCUUAAGUCACUUUUUGGGGGUCUCAGUUUGCUCAACUAUAAAAUAAGAUAUAACUAGAAGAGUCUAAGUAUUUUCAGCACUAAAAUUCUAUGUAUAUGAUGACAUAUGAUUAGAACCCAAAUUAAAACACUACAAAAUUCUAGACAACAUACAAUGAAAAAGAAAUCAUUUAUGCAUAUCCACCUAAUAGUACAAACCCAUACUGAAAAAAUAAGUUUGAAUAUUCUCUUAGAAGGUGAACUGCUUUAUUCAGAAACACUUUUGGGGACUUCCCUGGCAGUGCAGUGGUUGAGACUUCGCCUUCCAGUGCAAGGGGUGUGAGUUUGAUCCCUGGUCAGGGAGCUAAGAUCCCACAUGCCUCAUGGCCAAAAAAACAAAACAUAAAACAGAAGCAGUAUUGUAACAAAUUCAAUAAAGACUUUAAAAGUGGUCCACAUCAAAAAAAAAUCUUAAAAAAAUACUUUUGAAUUAAAUCCUCUUAAAUACUGCCUUUAAAAGACUUUAUGCAGAAAUUUACUCUAGCAUGAGACGUAACAUCAGGGUGUCCAGGCAAAGGAGCUAAUACAGAAACUGAGGAACUUCUAAAUAAACAGAAUGAUUUCACAUAUAUUCGCUAACAAAAGUCAUAAAAUUAUUGAACUUUAGAGCUGAAUUUGGAAGUCUUACAGAUAUUUUACAUGUAUUAAAUUCUCUUCAUAAUGUGUCAGAAUUUAUAUCAAUUCUUCCUAUAUUCUUACCAUGUCCCCAAGAUGUCUCUUUUCACAAAAGAAUUUGUUAUACAGUUGGUAUUUAAAGUUUAUGAGUUAAAAUCAUGCAUCUGUCUUAUCAAAAUUUAGUAUGUUUACCCGUUUUUAACCAUUUUUAUAGUUCACAAAAUGGCUUCACGUAACCAUAAAUCUGUAUUCUCAAUGGGAGUAAAGGAAGAGUCAGGGUUUUUCUAGUGACUUACAUCCCUUAGGCUUAAAGAAAAUAAAAUGCCCUUCAUUCCCAGGUCUAAUCAUCCUACAAUUUGCUACGGGGUAGAACUCAGUUUAAAGCCGAUCUACUUCAGCCCCCACAACAGACAUACAUACCUACAAAACUUUAAAGAAAUACAGAUGUCAGGAACUCAUAAAGUAUUCCAGUGAUGCACUAGGGCUGGCUCCUGUGGCAUUCCAAGUGCCAAUUAAGGGUAUCUCUUCCCAAUUCUAAAUUCAAGGACAUCAUGUUGGUAGCUCAAAACUGGCCAUGGUAGGAAUAAUUUACACCACAGAAAUCAAGAAACUGGUUGAUUUUGGGACUUUUGUUUGGAUUUGGUUUUUGAAGAGCUGGUUGUUAGUCAUUUAACAGCACGUAACUGAGGUAAUCCCAGGUUAUGGUUCCUGAAGCCAAGUGUCCACUAUCAAAGAAAAGACCUAUAACUGGUUCCUUAUUCAGUUCCUGGAACUGAAUUUUUAACAUUCAUAUAUCCUUCUCCAGAUGGAUAUAAGAGGGAGUAGGGUCCAUAUCAUACAUAAUUUGUUUGUCUUUGAACCUAUAUAGCAAUGUUGUCCAAUAGAAAUACAAUGCAAGCCACAUACCCUUAAAUUUUCUACUGUAUGUUAAAAGUACAUCUCAAAUUAGAUGUUAAAUUUUCAUCAGAAAUACUUUAUCUGUAUUUAGAUUUCAUAAAGUUUUCAGUUGAAGAAGUAAUUUCAUGUACCCAAGUUGGUCCAUACAUUCUUAAAAGUUUUACAAUUACUAAACUGAGUAUCAGUUUUUUAAUUUAAAAUUUUUUAAAUAAAUGAAAUUAAAAAAUUUUUUCCUCAGUCUUACUAGCCAUGUUUGAAGAGUUCAAUAGCCACACUUAGUAGUAGUUACCAUAUUGGACAGCAGCUGUACAGCAUCAGCACCUCGGGGGUUUUCCAGAAGCUUGAGCCUUAUGCUGUGCUAGCUUGAUGAGUGGAAUCAAACAGAUUAUUUCACUUUUCGGUGCCUCAGUUUUCUGAGACAAUAAUAAUCUUAAAGGAAUAACCAAUCAAUAAUUAUAACUAAUAAUAGACAUUCUAAUGAUUGCAAUAAUCAUGAAAUCACUCACAUGAUAUAGCAGCUGCCACUUGUGGCAUGUCAGCUUAUUUAAAAACCAGCUCAUCAAGCAGUAGCUCAUUUUGAAGAAGAGCUUAACCUUAUUAGAUGUUAGUAGCUAUAAAUGCUAAGCAUUUAUAGAGUGUUUUUCACCUUUAAAGGGCUUUACCAGUUGUAGUUAAUCUUAUAACAUAAUAAUGUAUCAUUCCUGUUAGUGAAUUCCUGAGGUCAAAGAAGGCCUUUCUGCAUAACAAAAACCUUCAAUCUACUUGUCAUAUACUCUAUACUACAAUGUAUAAUUAAAUCAAAGUGUUACGUUGAACAAGACAAAAUAUUCACUUUAAGUAACUUUUCUGAUCCUGAGUACAAUAAAUUAAUCUCAACAGAGAAAAAUGGUGCUUCUAUUAUAAUGUUCAUCACUUGUGUAUUGUCUGUGAAACAAGAGUCAAGCACAGCUUUCUUGAUUAUAUAAAAAAGAUUUUUAAAUCCCAUUUUUAUGGUACUUAACCUCUAAACUGCCAUCAGAAGUAUAGUAACACCAUCCAUUUUUAUGGGCUUUCCCGUUUUCUACGUGCUUACCUGCAUCAUUUUAUUAUCUCAGCAACCCUAAAAGAUAAACAGGACAGAUGUUAUGCCCAUUUUUUGCAUGAAAUUCAGAAAGGCUGAGUGCCUUGUUUACAUAAUUACAUACUCAUCAGUGCAACAGCUAAAGCCAGAAUUCAGGUCUUAUGAUUUUAGCCACCAUUUAUCAAAUACAUACUAUAAACUGGAGAAUAUGUUGAAGACCAUGCAUUAUCUCAUUAAUGGUCACAGUAAUCUUAGAUGAAGUAUGAUGCAGAAAGAUUGUUACACAUAAGUCCUUUUUUCUCAAAGCAUGUGUUUGUAACUUCUCUACUGUGCUGAAUCUAGAAAUGGACUAUUAUCAGGGGAGGAGAAUAAAGGAACCAAUCUUCAUCGAAAAUAAAAAUUACUAUAUACUAACACAUGUUAUUUACCCAGCAUAGUGCUAAGCUCUGCAAUUACCGUCAUGUUUCACAUUUAUAACAACCAACCGUAAGAGUUAAGUAUUAGUUUUCCCGUUUAUAAGUAAGGACAGAGACUCAAAGUGACAGAAGCAGAAUUUAAAACCAUUCCUAUUUGACUCCUAAUCUCAUACUCUGAACCACUUUGCCAUUCUUUUUUAUUUCAAAUCCACUGUAAUUUCCCAUAUUCCUUACUGCCUAAUGUUACUUUUUACUUAUUUUUGAGUUGUUUUGCUUUUUGUGGGAUUUCUUUUUUGGGGUUUUUUUGGGCAUUAAAAAAAAGAUAGAAGGUUUUCUUUGUCAUCUUUGUUUACCAUAUUAUCCUAACAGUGCCAAACACGAGCAGGUACACCAUUUUCAUAGCAUAAUGCAGGAAAAUAGCUUUGAGCAGUGUGUCAUACAAUCUCUAUAAUAACUUUGAGCAGUGAGCUGGAAGAUUAUAGUACUACUGUGGAACUGAAUUUCUUUACCUUAGCCUUUGAGCUGAACAGUUCAUUCACCUAUUCAGUGGUAAACUUCAGCAAUUUCUCCAAAGUUAAAGGAAAUUGAUUUGUUCAUUCAGUGAGUAUGUUGAUUUAAAGAUGUAUUUAUAAUAACAAAAUGAGAUAGAGGCAUUAUUACAGUAAAUUUGCUUAUAAUGUAGCUAAUAUUAGUGGAGACCAUUAAGUGUGGGUGAAGAGUGAUUGCUUCAGUCAGAAAAAUUCUUUUUUCCUACAUUACCUGAAAUUCUUAUGAACUUCUCAUUUCAUGUUGCCUUAGUAAUCAGAAGUAAAAGUGUUUAGAUCUUCAUAAAACUUUUUCAUAACAAAUGGCAUGUUAACCUAAGCACUGUAAAUACUUCGGGGCAAAUGUGUUAAAAUUCAGUUAGUUAUUUUUUCUUUAUUUUCUAAAUUCCAUAAUUAGAUAGUUACCGUGUUCCUGGUCAGACUGCCUCUAAGAAGGAAGUAAAACAAGUUUGUGCACAUACAUUCAUAUGCAGGGUCAAAGGUGAAGACAAAAUGUGAAAGAGAAACAUGUUGUUUCUAGUAAAACUCUUUCCUUAUCUACAAUUAGGUGUACUCAUAAAUGUAUGCACUAUAAUAACGUGUAGAGGUGACUGUUUCAUUAUUUUUAAAUAAAAUUUAUAGUUUUUAUAGGUAAUAGUCUAGAUAUUUGGAAUGCAUUCAUUUAAGCAGAAGAAAUAGCUGGCAAAUGUUUUAUGUCAGGUGGUAUGCAUGCUAAGUUUAUAACCUUUCUUCUCUUUAUCCAAUGUAAGUUAACUUGAUGUGACAGGGUGUGAUAUAUCACAGAGAUGACUCAGGUCAGGAAUUUCAAGAAAUCUUAAAAAUAAUAUCUUUUAAAAGGACUUAAGUAAAUAGUA